CCACGCAGAAAAGGCAGCGCUCGAUUGGCGCGUUAAUUGUUCCAGCUCAGCCGGAGCUGCGGGUUGCCCCGUGCCAUGGUCGCCGUGUUGGUCGUGGGGAAGAGAUGCCGAAGCGGUCCUGCCCGUUCGCAGACUCGUCCCCGGUGCAGCUGAAGACGCGCGUGCGGCUGAAGGAGCUGAGCCAGGGCGUCAUGGGCGAGAGGUACCGGUGCGAGAUCUUCGAGAAAACCAAACAACUACUCUUCAAAGGGGCUCAAACAUACAUGAACAAUGCUUGCAAUGCAAGUGCAGUGGGAACAUAUCUAAUUGCACAAUAUCCAGAAUCAUGUAUAGACAAAUCAGAAAUUUGUUCCUGGCACAGAUGUAAUGGACAAAUGUUAAUUGGGCAGGAUGGAAAACUUCGACAACCCUGUGCAAGUGAAAUGGUUUUGCCGGUAGGAGUAUCAAAAGCCUGUUCCUCCUGUAUAAGAACAGUUGACAUCAAAGAUGUUUGCACACAGUGUGAUCAGUACAUAUGCCAGAACUGCAGCAAACUCUGCAGCUGUUGCAGCACCAUUGUCUGUUCAUUAUGCUCAGUUAUAGAAUCAGAGGAUGUUGGAGAUCAAAUCUUUUGCAGUGGCUGCUCAAUGUACAAAUAAUAAACAGCUGUUUUUAGGAAAUGGUUGUCAUUUGUGUUGUAAAGAAAGUAUUGCUUUUAAAUAAUUAGGUUUUUGAGAUACUGGAGUGCCUUUUUCUAAAUGUUGUAUAUUCUGUAAUUGUAGUUUAAUAUAAUAAAUAUUUUCUAUUUUGAAAAAAAAAAAAAGCAGUGGAAUACAUGUCAUAGCCAGGACCCACAGC